AACAUGGCAGCAAGAUUUGCUAUGAUGUAUGGUUUGGAGCCGGAGGAGGAGCUGGAGUUAAUGAUCUUACAGUUCACCCCAAAUUGUCAGAAUAAUACUAUUGAUCCUUUUUUAUAAUCUGUACAAAUACAUGACACAAUGACAGAAAUAAAUAAAAUCAAAUAAAUUCAUGGCCAUAUUUUGGGAUCCUCAACAGCCAUCUGAAACAUUACAUCAUCUCCUCGUCCUCACUGUUACCCUGAAAUAGGUUUCCACCAUAAUUAUGGCUUCCCCUCCAUCCUCGAACCUCUGGGUGGGGAUGGUGCUGGUAGUAAUGGUGGCCGUGGUUGAGCUUCCAGGAGCCCUGCAGAGGUGCAUCUUUGAUGAGCUUCAGGUUCAGGUCAGAGUGGUCAGAGCCGCAGACAGCCCACCCCAGGAGCUCAGGCUCAGAAGGUCAGAGGAGCAGAGGAGCAUCCUGGGAAAAUCUGGCCCACCUACUCCUACCUCACCACAGCCAAUGAGGAUCCGGACCUGGAUUCUGAGAGAGAGCGACAGCCUAUCAAAGGCUGAGAAAGGAAGACUGGAGGCAGCGGUGGAAGAAGCUGUGAGAGUGGUGUCUUCUUUACUGUCAGUGAACAGAGUGCCGGGCUCGUUACUGCUCAGCAGAGACAUCAACAAAUACUGCAAGUUUCUCUGGAGGGAUUCAAGUGCUAUCAACUACAACAGGUGUGGUAGAGCCAACAAAAACUACCGAAGAGAAACUUGCCUGGAUGUGACCAUCCCAGACGACCACCUGGCUGGAUGUGAUAUUUACCCCGAGGCCGAUUCACACAAAAGGACUGUUCUCAGACCUGAAGGUGCUGGAGUCCCUGAUACCGACUUCCUGCUUUACCUCCAUGUACAGGCCACAGACAAGUGCAGGGCAGAGCCCAGUGUGUUGGCCUACGCUGUUCACUGCCAGACGGACAGUCACGGGCGACCUGUAGCCGGGGUGGUGGUCAUCUGCAGGGACCGGCUGACAGGAGCCACAUACAGCCACCAGACUACAGUACAGACUGUCAUUCAUGAAUUGUUUCAUGCACUUGGAUUUUCUAAGGAUCUCUUCAGCACCUGGAGAGACUGUUACUCCUCCUCCUCUUCCCAAGUGGGUGCUGAUUGCUCUCCUCGAGGCAAAGUGACUCACUCUGACAGAUCAGGCCACAUGAGGAUUUACACCCCGUCCAUCAUUUCAGCCCUGCAGAAGCACCUGGUGUCCAGUGAUCCGCAGCUGGGAGGGCCACUGGAGAACCUGGACGCAGCUCCAGGCAGAGUGUCCUCACACUGGGAGUCCCGGGUCCUGCAGGGCUCCAUUAUGUCGGCAGUGCUCGGGGAUCCUAGCACAGUUCGGAUCGACCCAGUGACCUUAGCUGCAUUACAGGACACUGGGUGGUACACCGUCGACCUGAGCCGGGCUCAGAGUCUGGUCUGGGGAGACGGUGAAGGAGCCAUGUUUGGCUCCCUGUCAACCUGCCAAGAUAACUCCUCAUCCUUCUUCUGCACUGGAAGUGGACGUGGAUGUCAUUUUCUUCACCUCCACAAGGGGGAGUGCCAGACUGACCAGUUCCUGGAGGGCUGUCGAGUGUAUAAACCCCUGCAGAAUGGAAGUGAAUGCUGGAAAAAAGAAAGCAGCAGGUGGACAGCUGAAGAUGAGCUGAGCGGGGAGAUUUUUGGCUUUGACAGCAGAUGCUUUCUCUCCAGCCUCAGCCCGCAGAACCAGAGUCAGGUUCCCCGGGUCAGCAGCUCUGUGGAGGGUCGGUGUUAUAGGCACAGGUGUACCGGACCGAACAGGUAUCAGAUCCAGGUGUCUGGCUCUGAGUGGGUGGACUGUCCAGCAGGGGGCAACAUUCAGAUUAAAGGAUACAAUGGUGCAGUUUUCUGCCCUGACAGGAGGUUAUGUCUGUACCCUGAUGUGACUCCUCCCUUAGAUGAUGUCAGGACACUUCCUGCAUGCAUCAGAUGUGAGAUUUCUACCUCAGCCCAUGAUGGGACCUGGUCUCCCCUCAGACCACCCACAGACCCACCUGUACCCACAGCGCUGUGCUUCACUGCUGCUGCGUGUCUGCUGGCUGCACUGAUGGUGUCCUGCAGGAAAUGUCGCUCAUGUAUGUUCAGAACACGCACGGUGGCCCCUGACCAGCAGGAUCAUCUGUAGAAAGCCUGUUCUUAGGAAUGGGCAAAGACUAAAUUUUUAAUCUUAAAGUAAAUUUAAAAACUGCUUUUACUUUUAUUUUAUUUCCUGGGGUGUUUUUAUGUUUCACCUUUGAUUGUCUCGCUGUGUGAGUUCUCUAUCAGCUGGGGGAAAACCCAGACCACAGAGAUGGGGAAGCUGGAUUUAUACUUCCAUAAAUCAGUUUUUAUUUUUGUCAAAUGUGAUUUUGAUUACUAAAUGUUAGUUUCGUCCAUCAAAAUCAUUUCCCUGUCAUAGAUAUUUCUCUAACCUACACUUGUUUAUGGCCUUAAAUACAAUGUAAAUUCAUAGAGGAUGAGGGUAAACAGUAAAAUAACCAAAUAUAUGGUAACAAAUUGUCCAUUUUUAACUGUAUUUUGA